GUGAUCAUGUAUUUACGCAAACCAAUACAAAAAAUAAAAUCAGAAGUACAAAUAAGAUUAAUUCGCUACUAUACUGCUUCUGAAAAUGCAAAAGUUACUUAUCAUGAAGAAAUGCAGAAUAAUUUUAUUGCCACGAACAUAUUCCAAAAAGCAUUAUUAACAUGCGGCUCAGCAGUGAUAGCUUUGCUCGACCCUCACCGGGGUGAUAUGAUUGCUUGCUUAGGCGAAGUUACUGGCGAAAAUGCUAUAAAAUAUAUGCACAGUAAAAUGUUACAAACUGAAGAGGGACAAGAUAUUUUGAAAAACAAACCUCGUAUUAAUUCCAAAACGAUUGCAUUUGAAACUUUGUCUCAGAUGCCUGAAAACAGCCUUGGUCGUGUUUAUGCCGACUUCAUGAAGGAUAAUAAUAUAACUGCAGAUUCUCGUUUACCAGUACAAUUCAUUGCAGACCCUGAAUUAGCUUACGUAAUGCAGAGGUACAGAGAAGUCCAUGACUUAGUACACGCAUCUUUAUUCAUGAAGACAAAUAUGCUGGGAGAGGUUACUGUUAAAUGGGUAGAAGGCAUCCAGACUAAAUUACCUAUGUGUAUUGGUGGAGGCAUUUGGGGUGCAGCACGUCUUCGGCCGAAGCAUAGACAAAUGUAUUUGAAAUAUUAUUUACCAUGGGCCAUUAGAACCGGAAACAAUGCGAAAUUCUUACAGGGUAUCUAUUUUGAAAAAAGAUGGGAACAAGACAUCGAUGAUUUUCACAAGGAGAUGAAUAUUGUUCGAUUAUUAAAAAAAUAAGUUUUAGUUAAAAUAACAAUAUUCCAAUAAUACACCUUACAAACGCUUCGAUACGAUGCGAACCACGAUACGCUCGUGGCACGCUGCAGUGCAGCGAUGGUGGUUUUAAUGUGCACGUGCAAAAUAGUGAUGAAACAUUUUAAAUUCAUUUAAAAUAUUUUUGUUAUUUAUUUCAUCAUCUAUUGAAUUGAGCGAAGUGUGAAUUUCCCCUGGAAGUUUUCGUUGACUGUAGUAACUUAAAAUUCAAU